CCACCAUUUAUAACAUAAAUGCAUAUCCUAAUUACAAGAAAUUGCCUACCACUAACUUGGUAAAGUCCACUGACACAAAUGCAAUGGACUGGGUAUACUGGGUAUCUAAAUUAAGGAAAACAGCCAUAAAUAAAUACAAAGAUCGUGUUUCAACUUCUAAUCCAACAACUUCUAACCAUGAAACAUCCUCCGAUAACCCAGAUAUAGCAUAUUAUGUAAAAAUUCUUAUUGGAAAUCAAGAAUUCACAGUUCAAUUAGACACCGGGUCUUCAAGUCUCUGGGUUCCAAAUAAGGAUUGCACUUCCUCUGCUUGCAAAAAACAUGCUGGAUUUGAUUCAAGUAGCUCGCCAACUUUUAAACCAGAAGGGAAUCCAUGGUCAAUCCAAUAUGGUAUUGGCAGUGCCUCUGGUAUUACUGGAAUCGAUAGUGUUAAAAUUGGAAACUUUAUCGCUGAUAAUCAAAUUUUUGGUCUCGCUAAUCAAGAAACUGAUGAUUUUAAACAAGAUGUUUUCGAUGGAAUUUUAGGAUUAGCUUUUGACAAUGUAAAUGUUUUGGAUGAUGGUGCUCCAACCCUAAUUUCUACUUUAAUUAACCAAAAUGAAAUUGACCCAAUUUUUAGCUUUCAUUUUCAACAUUCAUCAAAGUCCGAUGAUCAAGGAACAUUUACAUUAGGUGGUGUUGAUAAAAGUAAAUUUAUUGGUGAAAUUACAUUCAAUCCU